AUGCCUGAACCUGAAGCAGAUGCGUAUACUGUGGAGCUUCGCCCUGAUGGGCCUGACCCCAAACAUCUCCAAGUCGUGAGUUCAGAAGGCCGCCCCAGUUGCUUUUGGAAACAGCUCACUUGCCCACCGUCGCAGUCACAAGUCUACAUCCCUGAGCUCUAUGAAUCCGUGGCGCAGGUUUGCGUUGCGUUGAUUCAUGAUUUUAAGCCCAGGCAACUCGUGACCUUGGCCGGCUCCUUUGCCAAGGCCCAGGUGAAACAUGACGCCCUCUUCAAGUGUAUGAGCAAACACGUGGCGAAGAACGUGGAAGAUUUCCAGAGAGAAGACCUACAGGAUCUGUUCAAUGCAUUUCAGGCCCUGGGCGUUUCGAAAAACGAAGUCCAACGGGCACUGGAUGAGCAGGAGAAGGGUCCUGCGGCUCCAUUGAGUUUGCGCACAUUUCUGUUGAUC